ACAGGCCAAUCACAACACGCCUGACAAACUACUCUGGGCUUAAUCCUUGGUGUUUUUAUUUUCAUUGCUGCAUUAGAUUUUUCAGCUGUUUUCGAUGGAAUUUGGCUAGAUCAUAGAUUGGGACCAUGAACCACCACAGUCACAACGGUCAUUUCACAAAUCACUACUCAAACCACGUGAAAACGAAGUCUGAGUUAUCCCAAGUGUCUGUAGAUGAAGAUGCUUUACUAAAUAAGAAGUUACCAAAAGAAUUAUUACUGAGGAUAUUUUCUUAUUUGGAUGUGGUAACACUCUGCAGAUGUGCACAGGUGGCAAAGUAUUGGAACAUCCUAGCAUUAGAUGGCAGUAACUGGCAGAGAGUGGAUUUGUUUGAUUUCCAGACUGAUGUAGAGGGUCCAGUGGUAGAGAACAUAUCAAGACGUUGUGGAGGAUUUCUCAAGUCACUAAGUUUGAAGGGAUGUCAGUGUAUAACAGAUGGUGCUCUAAAAACAUUUUCCAGGCAAUGUCAAAACAUAGAAACAUUGAAUUUAGACAGUUGUAAAAAAAUUACAGAUAGCACAUGUCACAGUUUAGGUCAGCACUGUAAGAAGUUGUCACACCUAGAUAUUACUUCUUGUGCAAACAUUACCAAUGCCAGCUUGAAGGCGCUGGGAGAAGGCUGUAAACAUUUGGACCAUCUGAAUAUCUCGUGGUGCGUCCAGAUCACAGACGAGGGACUCCAGUGGCUUUCCAAGGGCUGCACCAAGCUCAGAUCUUUUACCUGUAAAGGUUGCCAACAGAUAAAUGACCAAGGAAUCAAAUAUUUAGCAGAGAAUUGUACAGAGCUACGGACGUUGAACCUACAUUGUUGUUUUAAUAUUGGCGAUGAUGGCAUCCACCACGUCAGUGAUCAUUGCCAUAACUUGCAAUCGCUCUGUUUGUCUGGCUGCUCACAUAUCACUGAUGCUUCAUUAGUAGCACUGGGGCAAGGAUGUCACGAGCUAAGAACACUAGAGGUAUCAGGUUGCUCACAGCUCACAGAUGGAGGGUUCCAAGCACUUACCAGGAAUUGUCACAUGCUGGAAAGAAUGGACUUGGAGGAGUGUCUCUUGAUAACAGAUGCCACUCUCGGGUAUCUUGCUAUGCAUUGCCCAUUACUAUCAAAACUGAGCCUAUCACACUGUGAACUUAUAACAGACGAAGGCAUUCGCCAUCUUGGCGGUGGAGCAUGCUCAACAGAACACCUGUCAGUCCUGGAGCUGGACAACUGCCCCCUCAUCACAGACGCGUCGCUGGAACACCUGAUGGGCUGCCAGGGCAUGGAGAGGAUUGAGUUGUACGACUGCCAGCUCAUCACCAGGGCAGGGAUCAAGAGAUUAAGGAAUCACCUCCCAGACAUCAAAGUUCACGCCUACUUUGCCCCAGUGACUCCACCGCCCUCUGUUGGAGGAAGUAGACAACGCUACUGCAGAUGUUGUACAAUAUUAUGACGCAGCAGGUCAUGUGACACUUUUAGGGACAAUUGCAAUGACAAUUUAUAGGACGGCAUUAGCAUCCGCCAUGAAGUUUUUUUUUAAAUGUUACCACAAAGGUGACAUGUUACCACACCUGCAUGUAUUAUAGCAUAAAGGUUAAUAUGUGUUACCAUGUGGCUGUAUUGCUGCAGAGAUCCACAUGCUACUGUACAUGGAUAUAUUACCAUACAUGGACAUGUUACCAUAUAUGGACAUGUUCCCACAUAUGGAUAUGUUACCAUAUAUGAAUAUGCUACCCUAUGUGACAUGUUACCCUUACCUAUGAAAUGACAGAGAUGUGGUCUGUAAACAUAUCAUCGAUAAUCUUUGACACAUGACACUUGCCUUGGGGUCGUAUUGAUGAUUGCCAGGAAUGCUUAGUGGUUGCUGUUAAGUAAAGGAGUCAGCAGCACUGAGCGGGCAGUACAAGGAUGUAUUAGGAAGAAGUAUUACAAUACAGGAUAUUAUGGAAUAGAUGCUGGUCAAAUCACCACUUGGUUGAUGUGCUUGAGCCCUAGCUGAACUACCACACAGGUGAUGAGGAAUGGAUGUUACCAUGGGUUUGGUCGGACACUUGGAAAUGUGUUACCACGUAGGUGUUGCACUGGAGUCACGAGUUACCAUACAUGUUACCGUGGGUUGAGACUCUAUUGAUAAAGUGUGCCACCACCUCACACAAGAUCAUCUGGUAAUUCUUGUGAAAACGGGUUGAUGGAUUUCUGUGGAUUCACCAUUAAAGUGCUGAUGAUGUGUGUAACCUGGUAAAUAAUGAAGGAAGAUGAUCCAUUUUGCCACACAGAUGUGCCAUGCUGCCAGAGAUUUGUUACCAGAUUUAUCACAGGUUUUACCACAAUUUUGUAUGUUUUGAUCAGAAAGUGAAGAUGCUUGUUAUUCUUCAGGAUUGAUUCAGGUGACAGCAGUUAUAACCAUGUGUUUGGAUGUAGAAGACAUUCUUAUGUGUCGUUCACUGUGUGAUCAUCACAAAAAUGAACAGUGGUGACCCCUAUUGCAAGAGUGCAGUACUUGGUCAUAAGUCUUGUCUGAAGAUUUUCCAGUCACUUUCUUUUAAGAGCAAGGUUAUUUGAAUUGGGAGAAAAAUGCCAUUUGGAAUGGUGUGUAAUGUAUAGAAAGCAAAAUUUCCUUUAGAAGAACGAUGUCACAUUGAAGGCUUUGUUUUGUGGAUUGUGUGCAAGGGGUUAUUGUAGUUGCAUUUCAUCAGCAGCAAUUGGUCCUUUCCCAUGGGAAGGUUUUUUACGCUAUUGUCAUAAGUUUCAUGUUGUGAGUAAACUUUGAUGAUUGCACAUGGAAAAAGUGAAGGGGCAAUGAACUUGGUACUCUUUUCCUAUUCCUCUUUCACCUAUGAAAUCAUAGAUAAGCUACUGCACAGCCAGCUCAGUUGUCAUGGUAUUAUUAGCUAACAGGGCACUGUCUCUUUAUCGUGUGUGCAGAAGGCUCACCUUCUAAGAAUCGCGUACGAUUUUAAAAACAGUCUUGGCAACAAGUUGUUUUUUAAACAGUUAUUUAUUGGGACAUAUGGUUAAUGUGGCAUUUUGUUUUUUUAAGCCAGUCAUUUUAUUCAUUAAGCUGUUUUACUGUAUAUGUCAAUAAAACACAAAAUAUCACUGGAUAAGACUGCAUUUAUUUAUUUUUUUAUUAUUUGAAUUUUUUACAUUGUUUUAAAAUAACUUUUUGGUUAACAGAACUUGUAAAUGGUUAAAACUCAGGUCACUGAAAAAAAUACAGUUGGAUCCAGAAAUGUUACUGACUGUUAAUUGAUUUCUUAGACAAGGGUUAAAAGAGAACCUUUCAUGUGGUGAACUAAGUUCGUAUGAAAAACAUGAAACACUGUCAUCAGUGGGCAUUGCUUGGUCAGCAAGAAAAAAAAUCAUUUCACUGUUUCUUAUGGAUAUGACCAUUUUGAAAUGAAAAACUGCAUUAUCGUCAUCCUGAAAGUCCCAGCAAAGAGAACGUGUUUUCUCUGACUUUAAAUGGUAAUAUUUGCCAAUGUCAAGGCCAUCAGUAUUGUUAGUGAAAAUUAGGUCAGGGUCGCUGUGAAGAUGAAAAACAGUCAUAUUUGAUUUUCGCAUAGGAUAUACAUGUACACCCACAUCCCUUAGGUGUAACCAUUUAUUUAUUAUUUUAAUGAAUAAUUGGAUUUCAUGAAAUUCUUUCAGUUAAAUACGUUAAAGAAAAUAUAUUUGCAUUAAGCUUGAGGGGGCAAAUUGUUCCCUUGCAUUUCUUGGUAUCGUGUCACAUUCUUUGAGAAACCCAAGGGGCUCUUCAGGUUUUUUUUUUUUUUUUUUUUUGAUAUAAUGAUUGUGUAUGUUUUUUGGAUAUAUGUACACCUAGAAACCUAUGGUCUGUGUAGAAAUACCCUUUUAACUUAUAAAGAGCUGCACAGUUAUCACGUUUUUUAUCAUUCUGUAAACUAAUGUCGUAAAUUGAGCUUAAUUUAUUUUGUCUAUUUGCUCCAGUUUCCAUGCUUGAGCUGGCAGCUUCUUACUUGUGGCAAUAUUCAGGAUUUCCAGCUAGACUGUUACCAAUCUACUUGAAUAGUAAAGGCAAAUAUUAGCAUAUAAAGGCCAAAUUCAUGUGCUUUGUAGGGUAAAAGUAUGAAACCAAACUUUGACUGAUAUUAUUGCAUUGAUUUCAUAAUUGUCUUGAAUACAACUGCUGCAAAGUGGUGCUGCAUUUCUUAAAUGUCUAAGUAGGUGUUAUCUAACACUCUUCUCUCUCUCUCUCUCUGCUCUUAGUCUGAUGAUAAGCAACAGUCUUUACAUUGAAAAACCUUAGAGGUCAUUGCCACACCCAAGAAUGUGCAAGUUCACCUGGAGUAUCAGAGUAGUGUUCAACAAAGGAAUCUAGGAGAUGUUGAUAGAUAAAGAGGAGCUUCUGAAAGACCUUGAUGUUGG